AAAUUUUGAAAAUGGGGUCAAGUGCUUAAGUUCGAUAUUUCCCUCCCGGAGCACGAUCGAUCUGGAUGAGCUUAGGGUUUCAACGUACACAAGCUGAAAGGUGAAGCAGAUUCCAACAGCAAACAAAAUCAAAACUUAAACAGCAGCCAUAAUCAAGACUUACUCUUGUUCAUACUCUUUCUUUGAUUGAAAAACAAAAGUAUGGAGCAUGAGCACCAGGAAAGCCAACACAAUGUCUUCGAUUUUAAGCCCUCUGAUCCUAUCCCUGUGCAAGAACAAGGAAUUCUACCUGUAACAAUGACACCAGAGAAGACAACUGAAUCUUUACACAUUAAGAGCAAAAAGGAAUCUGCCCAGCUUCCAGAAAAAUACAUGGCCUUAUUGGAGUUGUUCGAUCGUAUGACUUGCUCGUUGAGGUUGCUCAGUCUGGGUAAAAAGUCACACGUUUUUGACAAUGUUUGUAGCCUGGUGGAAGUAUUGACGAGAAGAUGGCUGUGGCUUUUUCGUGUCUUUUUUCGAGGACGCUCAAACUUAAUGAGGUGUCGAGAACUUUUGUGGAAGAAAGACGGGCGCGCUAGGCUUUUGAGGAGAAGUUGAGGUUUGUUUAUGAGAGAGCAACACCUCUUGAGGCCGAGCCUCUAGUGACUUGUGAUAGAAUUGUUAAGUUUGAGACUGAGGCUGCUUGAAUGAAAGCAGAGACAGAGUUAGGACGAGCUUCUGGUGACUUGUGAGAGAGCCGCUAAACUGGAGACUGAGGUUGCUUGCAGGAGAGAAGAGGUAGAAAGAGGCCGAGUAUUUGGCGACUCGUGAGAGAACCGCUAAGCUGGAGACUGAGGUUGCA